GCUACUUUUUUCUAUCCUUCCUUUUUGACCACAGCGCCUCUGCUGAAUCACAGCUUCGAUCAGUCAGCGCGUUUCCCUCUGGAGUGUAGCAUUGUCCUCCAUUCGCCCUGCGAUUUACAUUUUCGAAUAAUAUCUUACUGAAGGUGUCAACAACAGGAAGCAACCAGCAGCAUGUCGAAGCGCGGCACAGAGAACCAGCUCACAAAGGAUGAAUACGAGCGGGACGAUGACGAUGAUCAGUCAUCGUCCGUGAUGGGCACCUUCAGGAAGGCGUCGAACGAUGAGUUGGCAAAAAGACCUAUAAGAGCGAUGCGUCGUCUUGGCUCAAGGACAUCUUCGAAUGUGAGCGAUGACGGUGCAAAGAAAGUCAUGCCUUUCUCGUCUCUCUCGAGCCCGCCUCCAAAUUUACCUCCAUCGCAGGAACGGCCUAAUCCGUUUACCCAGCAGGCGUCAAAACCGAAUCCCUUUGCCAACAUUAACUUUGGCACAUCCGCUACCACUACAGCUGCUUCAUCAGCCGUAGUGCCAGCAAUAUCCCAGUCUACCUUCUCAUUUGGAGCGCUCCCACAGCCUGCCAUCAGCACUACUACUACCACUAGCGCCACUGCUCCCACAACACAACCAGUAUUCAGUGCGCCCACCACCGACUCACCAUUUGCCAAGGGCACAUUCACCUUCAACGUUGGCAGCAACGCCACGCCCAUCGCCACCCCAGAAAAGGCCUCUGCAGAUAGCGCCUCCCCUGAUUCUGUCACCGUAGAUCGUGAGGGGUAUGAGCGAGCAUUGCGUGGCAUUAACCAGAACUUUUUGAAGAAGAUUCAAAAAGACCUGGAAAAUAAUCCAAUCGUCAACCUGGCCCAGAUCUUCAAUACAUAUCUUGGGCAGCGCAUUAAAAUUCGCAAAAAGUUCCUGGGAGUCGAGGAGCCGCAAGUGAUUGUGUUGAACGACGAUAGCGACGCGAAGGAGAAGACAACGGGCGAGCAUCAUGCGGCGACCAGGAUUACGAGGUUAGGAGCAGGAGCUGCAGAUUCGCCAAAGAUAGGAUUUGGACUGCCAGUGGAACUUACAGCGAAGACGGCAUCCAAGAAUCCUUUUGCAGGAGUCCCGUAUAACAAUGGGACGAAGAUGGAUAUCUCUCCGACUGCAGUUGCGGCUUCGUUGGCAGCAGCAGCGGCGCCAUCGGGACCAAUGUCAUCUCCCGGAUUUUCAGGCAUUGGAUUUGGUGGGUUUGGAUCUUCCUCAAUGAAGGGUGCAGUAGACCCACCCAGAAACCCGACUGCGUCGUCUGCAUGGAGCUUUGGAGUCCCCAGUAACAGUACUAGCAAUAGCAGCGGUGGUUUCUCUUUUGGUUCUACGGCACCGUUUGCGCCAGCAUCAACGGCGGCAUCGACGACAUCGAUUGCGCCUGCGGCGACUACUCCAGCCCCCUUCUCAUUCAACCCACCCAAGCCGUUCGCAUUCUCGACAUCCACGCCAAAGACGAGUCCUGGAAGCACCCCUCCCAAACCAUUUGCGUUCCAGGUGCCUUCGACUGCGACUGUAUCAACAUCCUCGUCAUCAUUGUCAUCAUCAGGCGUAGGCAACCAGGAUGACAAUGAAGGAGUACCGGAUGAUACGAAGUCACAGCUGUUGGAGAAUCGUGAGGGCGAGCAAGGCGAGACAACGGUAUAUGAUGUUCGGGCGAAGCUGUUUGGAUUAGAUGAUGGUCAGUAUAAGGAUCUGGGGGUGGGACAGUUCCGGGUGAAUGAGAACGACGAGACGAAAAAACGCCGUAUGAUUAUGAGGACAGGAGGCACCGGAAUGAUCAAGAUUAAUAGCUGGGUUAUUCAGGGCAUGCUUCCGAAGGUCGAAAAGAAUGUUGUUACACUAUUUGCAAUUGAGGACGGCAAGCCAAAGAAGUUCAUGGUGCGUGUCAAGGAGGCGUCUUCUGCAGAGGAGCUGUACAAGGAACUGAUGGCAGGACAGAAUAAGGCAUAGACGUUUUUUAUCCGGCUUGCUCUCUUUCGUUUCCUUUCUCCCUCUUUUUUUUUCUUUUCUAUUAAUAUAACCAAUCAUUCAGACCGGCAUGAGAAGGAUACAAAGACCAUCCAUUCCCUAUUCAUAUGUUUUUCUGACCUUUUUUGAUAACAAAAAAUAAAGAGUAUUUGGGCCCAGUGAACUUGGUUUUUGAAGACUUCUGCUAUUCCUCGUUUUUUUUUUUUUUUUUUUUUU